AAAGGUGACAACACGGAUUUUUUCACUGGAAGUUGUAUUUUCACUAAGGUGCAAAUGUUUAUGAAAUAUUCGUGAAAAAGCUGUGAUUGUUUGCUGUACUUGUCUAAAUAUUUUCAAUUCGGCGUACAGCUGUGAUUCAUCAGCGGAAAGUGAUACAACCAGUCCAUCUCCGGUACACCAUAAAACACAGGAAUGAGUGAAAAACUGCUAAAAGUUGGCCAACGAAUCGAAGUGUCCGGUAAAGAUGUUCGAGGCUCGAUUGCCUACAUAGGGAUGACGUCAUUUGCGGUUGGCAAAUGGAUUGGUGUCAUACUCGACGAGCCCAAAGGUAAAAACAAUGGAUCGAUUAAGGGUCAGACGUACUUUUCGUGUGAUGAAAACUAUGGCAUGUUCGUUCGUCCCACGCAACUCAUCUUCCUGGACGACGCUGGAAAUCCGAUCGAUAGCGGAGAAGUGCAAACGCCCGAGGAAAAACCACGGUCACGUUUAAGCAGUGCCAAGCGUACCCUCACUAAACCGAAUGCUGGAUCGGUUCGGUCACUAGCAUCAAUGCCCGGUUCGACGUCCUCUUUCACCGCCAAACCAACUGCUGUACGCCGUAAGUCACCCGUCAAGCAGCCCCAGUCGAAGCGUGCCUCCAUGACCAUGACACUUUCGUCGUCCAGCUCUCGUUUAUCUUUGAAUCGCAGCAGCAGCACUUUGGGUUCCAAAACUCAGCUUACAUCUCCGGGAAAUGAUCGACCGGGUAUGUCUUCAAUCCCAACGCCGGUCUCGUCGAUUCCUACCAUGGUGAAAGCUGGCGACCGAUACGAUUCUAUGCACAGAUCGCACAUCAGUCCACCGGAAUCGCUGCAAACUUCCAAACGGGCUUCGUUCGUUGAAACGGGCUUCGUUGAGACGCUGAAGCCACAGUUUACACCGGGACAAUCGCUGACGUCGCCUUCGCCGGCACCUUCCACCACCGAGGAUCGCAUUCACCUGUUGCAGCUUCAGCAGGAGAUCGAAGACAUGAAAACGCAGAACAAGGAUCUCGUUGAAAAGCUGGAAACGCUCAAGUUACGGCGAACGGAAGACAAGGAACGACUUCGUGAGUUCGAUAAGAUGAAAACUCAAUACGAACAGUUGGUGGAGUUCAAAAGUAAGAUCAUGGAAGCCCAUUCGCAGUUACAGCGAGACUAUCAACGGGCCAAGCAGGAUGCCAAGGAUGCACUCGAAGCACGCGAUCUGCACAUAGAAGAAAUGGCAGAGUUGUCGGAAAAUGUGGAAUUGAUCACACUCGACAAGGAGAUGGCCGAGGAAAAGGCAGACACUCUGGCACUGGAACUGGAAACGGCUAAGGAGAGGAUAGAAGAGCUAACUUUGGAUUUGGAAAUUCUGAAAACGGAGAUGCAGGAGAAAUUCGCUAACGGUGGAACUAUCGGCGACGGGGUCGGAACUGGGACUUCCACGUACGAAUUUAAACAGUUGGAACAGCACAAUGCUAGACUACGGGAGACUUUGGUUCGUUUGAGAGAUCUUUCGGCCCACGAAAAACAUGAGAUUCAAAAGUUGGAGAAAGAAUUGGAAACCAAGAAAUCGGAGGUCGCAGAGCUGCAGCGUACCAAGGAAAAACUAUCGGGAAAGAUUGACGAACUGGAGGCUCAAGUGAGCGAUCUGCAAGAACAGGUGGAUGCCGCUCUCGGAGCCGAAGAAAUGGUUGAACAACUAGCCGAGAAAAAGAUGGAGCUGGAAGAUAAGGUCAAGGCUCUCGAGGAAGAGGUAGCAGAACUUGAGGCUUUGGAAGAAGUACACGAACAACUGGUGGAAAGUAAUCAUGAGCUGGAGAUGGAUAUGCGUGAAGAACUGGAUUUGGCUCACGCUGCUAAACGGGAAGCAGUGCGCGAAAAGGAAGCCGUUCUCGAAACUAUUAUCGAUCGCGAUCAAACUAUCCUUAAAUUCCGGGAACUGGUUCAGCGACUAAAUGAUCAAUGCCAAGAACUGCGCGAAAAACUCAAUCAAGAAUCGAACAAAAUCGUCAAGGACACUAUUUCGGAAACGAUCGAUUUCAAGCAAAUGUUUGCCGAGUCCAAGGCCUUUACCCGGGCAAUCGAUUUGCAGUUGCGUCAGAUCGAGCUGACCCAAGCCAACGAACACGCCAAAUAUUUGACCGCUUUCAUGCCGGAGGUAUUUAUGGCACGUGGUGGCGAUCACGAUGCUAUCCUUGUGAUUUUGCUGGCGUCAAGAAUCGUUUUCAAAUCGGGCAUCAUCGUCAGUCAAGCGCGAGAACGAUUCUCGACCGUUCCACAGAUUGACCGCACGGCCAUCGUCACCGGGCACGAAGUGUACCAGUUUAGGUUCCGGUCGCGUCUGCUUCAUCAUGUGCACAAUCUGCAAACCAUUAUGCAUCAGUUCCUGUACGGGUUGACGGCCUGUCAACCGGACACACUGCUAAAGAUCGGAUCCUCCCUGCCGGAAAUGCAAGCCCAGGAAAAGAUGGUUGAUGAAAUUGUAGAUCUGCUAAAGGCUAAUCAACUGGACGAAAACUCGUCGACUGAUAAUUUGGAGAAGUGCGUGACCUUCUUCAACGCAAUGUAUUUGGUGCUGCUGUCCGGCGAAGACCUGCUGAACGAGACCCAGAUUGUACGAGACUGCACUGCAUCGAUUUCGGCUGCUUGUGAUUCUAUUUCCACUGAUGCCACCGUCAUGAAAACACUGAUUCAGGGUGGCGAUGAAACCAGUGACUCCGGACUGCUUAUGCAGUACAUUGUCCAAAACGUGGAGUCCGUGAAACAGCAACUGAAACUGGUUAAACGACGCCUGCCGCAGGAUGUCAGUGUGACCAAGUGUAGCCUAUCGAUGAACACGUUGCAGAAUCUGAAGAAAACCACCGAAUCGCUUAACAAGUUGAUGAACGUCAUGUUCAGUGGGGCAAAGGAAGUCAUUCAGAUGGUGACGGCCGAUUCCGAAACGGAAGUGUCGGUGUCGCACGAUAAACUUUGGGACAUAAUGUCAAAUGCUUGCGAAAGAAUCUACGAGCAGGACGAUCUGGGACCGUCGCAGAACAUUCGCACAGUGUUGAGCAAAACUAACACCGACAUGAGUCAGCUGGCACAGUAUUUGCUGGAUCAUGAGUAUGAAAUCAUGUCCGGUACAAAUCCGAAACCGGAGGAAAAACCGAUUGCUCCAAUCAUACUCCGUGCCCAAGCCGUCAAGAAGCAGUUGGAGGAAACGAAGACCUUGACGGCAACGUUGGAAAAUCGCGAAGCUGAAAUCCGACAGCUUAAACUGGCUGCCAAGCUUAAACAGAACGAGCUAUCGGAAAUGCAGAUUCGGAAAGAUUUGGCCGAGAAAAAACUGUCGGUGCUUCAGCAGGAUCACGAAGCAAACGCCGCUCGGUUGCAGAAACAAUACGACGAAGUCUGCCAGCGACUCAAGCAAAAGGAGAAAGAUUUCGAAGACACAAUGGACCAUCUGCAAAACGACAUCGAUUCCCUAGAAAGUGAAAGAACUAGUCUGCGUGACAAGCUCAAAUCGUACAGCUCGAAGAAGGGUGACCUCAAAACAACAACCGCUCUCGAUAUUUCCGCCAGUUCCCCAUACAUCGCCCAAGAGCUUUCGUUGCUUAAAAAAGCCUUCAAGGAGGAACGUUCGGAACGGCUAAAGGUGCAAGCAAACGAGUACAAGAAAAUCCUAUCCAGUCUGGAACCAUUGCACGUACCGCGGCCCAAGGAUGAACGCAUCGAAGAGCUAGAGAAAGCAGUUACCAAGAUUAAGCACGAUUAUAUCAUGUCACUGGUGCGAGGAGCCGAAAUUCCCGCGACCCGAACGUCACACGGUAACAUCACCAAAACCAUCAACGAUCAUGAGAAUCAACAGAAGCGGGAGAAGCAGAAUAUUAAAACGAAAGCCGAGCAAUUGGCUUUCGAGAUCAUGAACGAAUAUCUCAGCCGGAAACCGCAUCUCGCUACCCACGGAGAUUUUGCAAUGUUUCCCUCAACGGAGUUGGCAGCGGCUUUCAAAGUAAACAUACGCGCAUAAAACCAAUCACUUCGUACUUAGGUAUUAUGGGUCUCAAACAAUGAGAUACUGCACUGAUGAUCACAAUUUUCAUAUCGUUUCUGGCUAAUUUGCCUUUGUGAAGUCAAGCAGAGGAAUCUUUACGAGCUCUCACUUUCGUUAAUCUGGAAUAAUAACCGAUGACCAGAGAACCAUCGCUUGACUAGUUGGCUAGCUGUAAUAAUGUUAUUUUCUGUAUUAAGUUAACAAUUUAAAGACAUCAGUGACGUCAUUCGUGAUAAUGUUGCUCUUAUUCCAUUAGUGGUUUGUGCUGAAAUCGCAAUUCAAUCGCUUCACUCAUAUUUAUCAGCGCAGGGCAUAAAUUAUAAAACAAAUAUAACGCGCAAUAAAGUUUUGAGAAAAUAAA